AUGCCUGUGGCUGCUCCUCCUGAGCAUCAGCAUCAUCUUAAUUGCCCUCAUCGGCGUAGGGCUGUGUACGCCUCCAAUACCAGUUCGUACUGUCGGCGCAUGAAAGGGGCAAAGCCCAUCCCAGGACCAAAAUGUAGUUACGCCCCCAACCUCAUCCCCCUCUUCAACCGAUGGAACCGUACGUACGGAUCCAUCAUGGCUGCCGACGUGCUCGGUACGAAGCAGGUAGUCCUAGGGACCGAUAAAGCGGCCAACGACCUCCUCGUGAAGCGAGGGAAUAUAUAUUCCGGUCGGGGUACGCCGCCUGCCGCGCUUUUCAUGUCUCAAGGCUUGGUCACCUUUAUGAUGCAGAAGACAGAGAAAUGGCGGCGUCAACGCAAGUUGCUCCACACCUUAUUAGCGAGCACCGUAGCCACCAAGUACGAACCCUUCAUCGAGCUUGAGUCGACGUACUCCCUGCGCGACCUACUACAAACGCCAGAAGCCUUCGAAAACCACGUCGAGAGGUACGCCUACGCCAUCGUGUUCAGUCUGGGCCUGGGCAAGAGCAUCACCAACGUCCACGACGACGUGCUGCGGGAGUCGAGCGCGCUCACCGACGAGAUCCUGGCCACUUUCCGCCCCGAAAAGUACAUCGCCAAUCUGAUCCCUAUCUUGAUCCGCGCGCCUAGUUGGCUGGUCCCGUCGAAUGGGAAGCUGGCCGAAGUGCAACAGCGAAUGAAAGCCGACGUGUUGAGGCACGAGAACCGCGUUAGGAAAGGCGUGGGGGAUGGCACGGGCCCGGACUCCUGGAUGCGUUAUUAUCUGGAGAAUCGGGACGAGUACGGGCUUGAACUAGAGGAGGCGCGGUCACCGUACAAUGUGUUGUUAACUGUUAUCACCAUUAUGAUGGAGUACCCGGAGUGGCAGAAAAAGGUGCAGGAUGAGGUUGACCGUGUCGUUGGCGCGGAGCGGCUUCCAGCAUUCGAUGAUUUGCCAAACCUGCCUGUCUUUCGUGCCGUCAUUAAGGAGGGGAUCAGGUGGCGCUCCAUUGUUGCUGAGAUUGGCGUACCGCAUCUUCUGGAUGAGGACGACUUUUAUGAGGGCUUCUUCAUUCCGAAGGGCACUAUGGUUUACGCCAACUACAACUUAUAUCCGGACGGUGCGGUCUUCAACCCGGACCGCUGGCUCAACCCAGCAUACCCGACAUACAGGGAACCCCUGAUCGUCUAUCCCAAUCUGUUGAACUUCACCUCCUUCGGCUACGGUCGCCGCGUGUGCCCCGGGCCUAAUUUCACCGAGCGUACCCUGACCAUCAUGACUGCGCGCAUCGCCUGGGCAUGUGAUAUCAAGAAAAGAAUUGACCCGGCGACCAAGAAAGAGAUGCCGCUCAACAUCCGCUACGAGCCGACCCCAAAUCCGAAACCGCUUCCGUUCCCAUCGGACAUCAAGCCGCGAAACAAGAAGAGAACAGAGUUGGUUCGGAAGGAGGCGGAGAGGCGUCGUGCGACGGAUCCGCUUGCGCAGUAGAAGGCAGGCUGCAGUUUUCACAACGUGAAGCUAAAAUAAAAGGGGUAUUUUGCUGGGAGGAUUGCAAAUGGGCAUUAUUCAGUAUUCUUUCUGUGUCGUAUUCAAAUGGGAGACUAAAUAUAGCAUCGUUGCUUUGUUUAAUACUUGCCAGGGCUUAAUAUCAUUCGAGAGAUUUUUCCUUCCGGAGGUGAAGGAU